AUGCGUGUCAACUAUUUUUGGCAUUAAUGUUGACAUUCGUGCCUCUCUAUCAAGGAGAUUGUUUUCAGAAACAGCUCUAUUGUAGCAGUAUAUUCAUGAUAGAUAGGAAAAGCUAUGCUCAUAACUUAUAACAGUUGCUGGACAGGAUCAGGCAUUUCUUGAAUACUAUACGUAAGAAUCAUUACAAAGAAGAUCGGAUUGUUCUCAAAAGGGAAGUGAUAGCUAAACAAUAUGAUAAUGAGAGAUCAAGCAAGACUUCAAGCAGCAUCCUCUUUAGAGAUAACUCUUCAUUAAUCAAGCAGUUUAACCAUAACAAGUUUCACUUUGGAAAAGUCAACCAGACAUUCUUUUGAACCUCAAUCAUAAAAGCUAUUAUUAGACGUCUUUAACAUUACCGUUGGUUUUAUCUGAUAAUUUGGCUUGGUGGGUUUACUUUCAGUUCCUAUGUAACUGUUUAGUGAGUGAAGCCCGCUAUAAACCUUUUUGAUCUGUGGGUAUUGUUUUGACCUUGACGUCACAUGUUACGAAAGCACAUUCAAUAACACUCAUAAUAAGAAGAAUAAACAUUCAAAUAUUUCAGUACUUUCGUGUGGACCACGACUAGUGAGGGAUAAAAUAGUAAUGGUUCAAGAUUUAGAAGCUUAUUAAAAAUUGGUUGGAGGUAUAUCUUGCUCAAGUAUCACAUAGCCCUUUCUUUCCGGUUUCCUUGUUCCAUGACAGUGGGCAUGCACCAAAUAUCAUGUCAUAUUACAAGUACCUGUCAUAUUACUAAGGAUGUCUAGUUGUAAUUGUAAACCAGUUUCAGUUGUGAUUUUGAUGUUCGCACCACCAACUAUACAGAAAUUAUUCCCGGAUAUUUCGCGUACAAUCAUUGUCCCAAUUCAUUGUUAUAGAAACCAAUUGAUAGAAUGCAACACUAGUGCAGUUUUUUAUCAUAUUCGUGUCGUAGGUUAUUGAUGCAGAAGAAAUUUGGUGUUUAUUCGGAUCAUGCUACUCGAAAAUGGACAUUCCACAUAAGGAUUGUUGCUAACCUAACAAGUUUGUUGCCUCCUUGAGCAAGCGUAGAAAUGUUAUUCCAUUAAAUCAGGCAUAGCAUUCCUUCAUUGAUCAUGGUACUUGGUUCCAAUUACCAUGAUUCAGAUAUCUAAUGUCUGCGACUCGUGCAGAAUCCUUUUGUGCAAUUGUACAUGAAUUCAUUUUGACAGAAAUGACGACCAUGUGUUUCUGUUAACAUUAAAGUUUGCAUGAAAGGUCCUGUGCCCAAGGUCCUGUGCCCUACUUUGCAUGAAAGGGAUGUUAAGUUUCAUGCAUAUUAGGUUCAGGCAUUUGUUUAUAUAAUCUCACUAAAGGAGCCAUUUGCAUUGUGGCUGUGCUGACUGUUAACAUUAUGUUGUUUGGUUCUAGUUCAUAAUGAUCAAAGUCAAAUCGCGUGUCUAUAUAAUGAAGCAACUCCAUAGAGAGGUGCGUGGGGAGUCUUGACUAGUUCGAAACAGCGAAUUAAGAAAAGAUGUUCAACGGACCAGAAAGACUCGGCAUAGGAACUUAUUCCCACCUACGUGGUUGGUAAGCGAAACCCACCUCAACCAGAUCUACCGAAAAAAGCAGGGUGCCCCAUUGAAAGAAUUAACACGCCAAAAUGGCCACUCCCCAAAAAAGGGAGAGAUCCGCUGCUUAUUUUUUUGGAACGUACCAGUUGUGUCCGAAAUAGUGUAACUAAGGAGUUUCCGGGGAUUUCCAGAUAUAUGACUCAAAAGAAUCGACACAAUACACCUAGUUUUAAUCUGACAAGUUUUCUUGCUAUUUUUACUCAUAAGAUUUUCAUUCAUAAUAUUUGUACUGAUUUUCCUUACCUAAGUUAUACAGUUUCAAAAACUAAAUCUGUUUUUCAUUGA